AUGCAGUCUCUGGCGUUCAGAAGAAAGACGUUUCGCUUCGAAUGGAGCUUGCUGCCGCAGCAGAGCCACCCACUGCCAGGGGACUGUAUGAGCAUGUUGGCCCAGAUGAGCUUUGGGCCGUCCGUUCCACCCUACGAGGAGGUUGGGAGGAGCCCACCGGCCAUCAGGCAAGUGUUUGCCAUGGAACUGGCCAGCUAUGCAAACACUCGCGCUUUGGAUUCGAGCUACUGGGGCCUGACUCUGGGAAACGUCUCUUGCCUCCCCGCCCGAGUGACACGCCCCCUACUGGAGAGCUUGACUACCGGCACGACCACGACGCCACUGCCGACGCAUGUUUGCGAUGGUCGUAUGUAUGCCACGGGCAGUGGCGAAGACAGUGGGUUUGACCCCAUGAUGGUAAGCGACUGCUCUGUGGCGCAGCAGGACCCGUGCCUUUGCGCCGCCAUGGACUACUGCGAGUGGCAGCCUGGAUCAGGCGAGAUACCUGGCGGUUGUGCUGCCACCAAAUAUCCAGGAGUUACCUGCGAGGCGUGUCCUUUUCAGAGCAAGUGUGUGGAGCCGGAUCAAAGCACUGUCUGCGCUGACAAGACGGUGGCUCCCCGCCGGCACUUGGAGGUUGAAAGUUGUUUCCUGUCAAAUUAUGCCGGCGCCAGUCUAAGCCAGAUUUCAAUUUGGUCCUCGUGA